UUUGCUUUCCCUAACAUGAUUGUGAUGUUGUGCAUGGCUUGGAUAUGGCUCCAGUUAUCCUUCAUGGGAAUGAACUUAAAGAAGACAUGGGGCUGUGGAGCUAAAAGUUCAGAAAAAGAGCGAGCGGCUUAUAACAUCAUCCGAGAAGAAUAUCGCAAGCUGGGGCCAGUUUCCUUUGCAGAGUUUAACGUGCUUCUUCUCUUCGCUGUGCUGGUCAUCCUUUGGUUUACAAGAGAUCCAGGUUUUGUUAAAGGUUGGGCCACCGUGCUCUUCAAUAAGGACAAUGUGGAGUAUGUAACUGAUGCCACUGUGGCUAUAUUUGUAGCUGUCCUUCUGUUUGUUCUGCCAGCAAAAAGACCUAAACUUACCUGCUAUAAGCAGAGUGACCGUUUUGAUCUUGAAGAUCCACAAGAAGAAGAGGAAGCAUUUAUGUCCACACCAUUACUGACAUGGAAGGUGGUUCAUAAGAAGAUGCCGUGGAGUAUUGUUCUUCUUCUCGGGGGAGGCUUUGCAUUGGCAAAAGGCAGUGACGCAUCUGGUCUUUCUUCAUGGCUUGGUAGGCAGAUGAUAUUUCUUCACAGCAUCCCAGCUUGGGCCAUCGUCAUCAUCCUGUCAUUAAUGAUCGCUGUUUUUACAGAAUGUGCCAGCAAUGUUGCUACAGCAACUCUUUUCCUUCCAAUCCUGGCCUCCACGGCAAAAUCCAUUUUGGUUAACCCACUGUAUAUAAUGAUUCCGUGUACACUAAGCACCUCCUUUGCUUUCAUGUUACCUGUCGCCACACCCCCUAAUGCUAUUGUCUUCUCAUAUGGUCAUCUCCAUGUGUCUGAUAUGGUCAAAACAGGCAUCAUGAUGAAUAUCAUCGGUGUAUUGUGUACCACAAUUGCUAUCAACAGCUGGGGCCGGGUCAUGUUCAACCUGGACACUUUUCCAGCAUGGGCUAAUGCUACAGAUGGAAAUUGA